AAAAAUCAGUUGAACGGUGUUUUCCCACCAGUUGACUUCGAACUCUGUCGGAGACACCUGAGUGUGACUCCGCCGUGUUAGUAGACCAGCCAGUCAGAAGUGUACAUGCUCAGUAUUUCCCACCCAGCCAGCGGCCAGGACACACGUUCGUUCUAUUCGGGGGGUGAAGAAUAGGAUAAAAGUGAAUUUUACAUGGUGAAGCGUGAAAAGUGUAAGUGCUGUGCAAAGGUUUUACCGGGUUUUCGUUUGAACUGAUGGGACCGACCGCCAAAGCGAACCUGGCCCUCGGCCAAGUGGUGGCGACGGCACUAGCAAUCCUGGUUUCGCUGGCCAUGGUCGAUGCCGUACCGACGUCGGUGUUGGCGGAAGCCUCCAAGGAAGGCAACGGAGGUCAUCGAGACGUUACGGCCACCCCGGGGCUGAAUCAGCUGACCACCGAUGAUGCCUCGUACGGAGACGACCGGUCGGGUCCAUCGAACCCUCAGAAACGUGGAGUAAACCCACUGCUCUACCGAGAGACCGAACUACGGAACGACUACUCCGGUAACUCGAUCCCACAGAACGGUGUCUGGGAGGAUGUGGGCAUACCGCUCCCAGGUAUGCCCUAUCCGAUGGAACUGUUCGAUGCACCCAUCGAGCCAGGCCCUCUCGACCGGUACGGACCACAGCUGCAGCAACAGCAGCAGCAGCAACAACGAACGUACGAUGUGCUGCAGAGCCUGCUGAACCAUCAACCCUCGUACAAUCCACUGUUCACUGUCGGUAGACCCGUCGGGUCCGAUGGCUAUCCCGUUCGAAUGCACAGUGCCGAGCGCAAGAAACGUACACCGGUGGCGGCACCAGUAGCAGGAAAAUCUCACUCCCGAUUGAUGCGUCUGAAGCGUAGCUCUGGUAAGCUGUCACCGGCCGAAGUGUUUUCACUGCUCGCUCUGAUGGAUACCCGCGACCCGUACCGUCCACUGCCCGAGUACAUCCCGGACGAUCAAUCGAACGAUGUGCUGGCUUACGCACCGAAUGGAAUGUAUCCGGAUGUUGCAUUACCGCUCGCGUUGGAACAACUGCUCGGAGCUCGUGGUGGUGGAUCUGUUCCGGCCGAUGGAUAUGCGUACGAUGAUGCGGGCGAGUGGAUGAACGGAUGGACGGAACCUUCGGUGGAUUACAUGGGUAUUCCGAUGGCUGAUUUGGACGCUCUGGGUGCGCUUAACGAUGGCAAAGGCUUUGGCUCGAUGAAUGGUUACAUGCCUCAGAAACGCUUCAUGGUGUCGAAGAAGAAGCGAAGCGUUUCGCAGGCAACACCGCCAAACGCAGCUGCCCACCAGGGAGGAACGAUUCAAGCGGCCGCUUAAGCCACCUCCAAACACGGAUACCGACCCCACGCAACACGGAAACAGGACCCCCAAGAUCGAGAUGGACAACCACACACAAUGCACCACGUACCAAGGCUUCACGAGAUACCGGAACAAAGCUACAACUACUAAAUCAGUGUACUACCACGUGUUAAUUAUUAUUGUAACUUAAACACACAUUAUCGUAACUGCAAAACUAAGGCAUUCCAAACACAUUGCAACAAAAAAAUCAAAUUGAUGAGGCACAACCACCACAUUUUGGCGCCACCUUUCGCUACUGUGUUUCGCAAAGCGGGCGAACUUACAUUCCAUUUCCACCGCUUGUCUUAGUUGCACCGCACCACUGUGUUUGGGCAAUGGGCUGAAGAGUAGUCGAAUGGUCGCCAGAAGUGACCGGACCGGUUCGAAUCAUGUGCGAGGCUCGCGAAGGUUUCUUCGUUUCUCGUCAGUACCACAGUGGGCGGAUGGAGAUGUUCUUGCUUGUUCUUUAGCCGUUACAGAAGGCGGUCGUAAUAUCCCGUAUUGCUCUACUAAGCUCACAAACACUUUCUAGACGUUGAAUGGCUACCAUUGCAGAAGACAUCCAUGUAUUGCUCGUUGUAGACUCGUAGACAUAUUAUACACAGCUAGCCACGGUGAAAGACGGGCAGCGCGGCACUGGCACUAAUGAUGAUAAUGAUGAUGAUGAUGAAGAGGAGAAGUUUAAAUGCAUUACAAUAUACAAAACAUGGUAUCUAUACAUAUAUAUAUAUAUACACAUAAAAAAGCGCAUAUAUGUACAACAAAACCGCUACACAAAUUGCAACUACACAGGUCGUAAAUGUAUUUUCCACGUACUUUAGAGGCUAAUCAUGAUGAACGUUAAGUGUAUUUUAUCGUAAACAUCUUACAAAAAAAACGAGACGCGGUUCGCACAAACCCCGUCUCGCAUGAUAACAUGACAAGAAACUGGCUCAGAGGUAAAUAAUUUUUCUAUUAGGCAUAGUAAUCGUACAAUUAUACAUAUACAACAGACAUAUAUAUUAAACUGCAUUUAAACGUGUUUUCCUGAACAAACAAGAGGCAAAAAGUAUGGCACACUAUCACAGGGAGGAGUAUCAAGCUAACUGCAUAUUUAUCGAACGUUUGUGGAGGAAAGAGUGGAAGGAAGAAGCAACAUUUCUCACCUACAUAGUAUACCCCCUAUCGUAGAACAAAUGACUCUUUAUAUUUGGCAAGCGAACAAAUGAAGAAGAAAAAUAAAUUGAUAAAUGAAAAUUGAAACAAAAAGAACCACCAACCAACUGAGAUGUAGAAGGAAAAGUUUCAGCUUAAAAAGGAUAAACAGACAUACAAACCACGGUACACUAACACACAGUACAACAGACACACUAGCAAACCCUUAACUACACACAGGUGGGCCGGAGUAAUACAGGAUACUUGACCUACAGAAUUUAAAUACAAGAACAUGGUCAUCAUGAAGAAGACAAACAAAACAGUA